GCGCUCCCUUAAAGACCUGCACGCCGCACAUCCGCCCCCGAGCGGGGGUCCUCCGGCUAGGAAACGGGCAGGCCUCAUAAGGGGCCGCUGCGCAUGUGCGUUGGGCAGAGGAAGCUGGGCUCUUCUUGGGAAGGCGUGCGCCUGCGCAGAAGGAGGAGUAGGGUGACAUUGGGCCGGAGGAGAUGCUGAGCAAAUACAUUGGGCCGCGCCACUUGCAGCGGCUGCGGCUCUGGGUGCCCACCUUGGCCACCUGGGGCUCCGUGGGUACUGUCGGGUUGAUCUGGGCUACAGACUGGCGGCUAAUCCUCCAGUAUGUUCCCUACAUCAGUGGCAAGUUUAAGAAGGAUGACUGAACGGCUGCCCACGCUGGGAUUAAGGAGCCUUACCCAGAGAGGCCACAUUCCUCCUAUUCUCCCGCAUGACUUCCCUGUGCAGGGUUCUCUGGUCCAGAUCCAGCAGAGCCCACUCCUCUUCCGUGAAAUGCACAGCCACCUCCUCAAAGGUCACCUGGCCCUGAAAGAGAGGAAGGAAACAUGUUCAACAGAGGGAUUUUUCCACCAUAUUAUGGACUUUCGUGCCCUGGAUACUGGAAUACUUGUCUGUGUUUUUGUAUAGCUUUAAUAUAGUUUUUGUAUUAUUGUUGAUACUUUCAUAUAUAUCUUUGUUUAUAGUUAUUUAUUUUGUAUUUAUGGUUCCCAUAUUUAUGGGUGUGUAUUGAUAUUUUAUAUUUUUCUCUGUUGACUUAGAAUCUAUAAAUCUAUUCUGAGCAAGUUCAA